AUGCCGAGCGCAGUACCCAUCGCAAACUCCAGAAGACGAAGCCGUGCAUCUUUCGGACCUACAUCAACUCCUCCCAUUGAUGAAAUAUCGUUCCCAAGAUACUACGAAGAAGCAUGGGGAGAUGUAGCAACCCAAAUGCAGCCAACCGAACGAACCGAUCUCGAGCGGAGCUUGGUAUUUCUGAUUCGCAUGGCAAACAUGGAAGAAGAUCUCAGGACAGCGGGUGAAAUUCGAGCCAUCAUAACAGACCAGCAGAACUGCUCCGUUGUCCAGUUAGCCGCGGCGAUUCGCCAGAACAUAUUCAGAGCUCGCCAUGAAUCCUUCAACACCAGUCCUUGGAUGCAAGUCGUCCGAUUCAUGCUCAUCAAGACGAAAGUAGCAGAAUCCAUACCAACGCCAGAAGUCAUCAGCAUACUGGACUUCUUCUUCGAUCCGACCAUCGAGAGGAAUCUCAAACCUCUUCCUCUGGCUGCCGAAGACUCAGUCGUAUACCCAUAUCCAUCAGGACGUCUCAAAGUCGUCAUCAUUGGAGGAGGCCCCACGGCUCUGGCUUCUGCGAUAUCACUCGCAGAGAAAGGAGGCGGAAAGGUCGAAGUACAUAUGUACGAGCGUCGCUGGGUCAGGAAACAGUCUUCGAACGGCAGCGUAUACGUCGACUAUCCGCAUACUGCGAAGCGUCGUGAUCAAGUGGUGACCUUACAAGAUUCUGUCACAACGCUGCUAAGUCAAGCUUCUUAUCAAGCUCUCUUCGCAGGGGCCCCGGAACGAGUGUGGCCCGGCUCUGCCAACAUCCAAAUCAGGAGGUUGAGGAUCGAUUUCUAA